AUGACUUCACUUACAACGAAAGAUGAUAAAUACAACUGUAGCGUAAGCAAGUCGCGUUGUUCUGUUUGUUCAAGAGAAUUUUCUUCGACCUCUAACCAAAAUAGACAUGCACUUAAAUUUCACAAUACUUCUCCCCCUGCAAAUGUUGGGCGACCUUCAUUAGGUGGAAGGAAACAAGCCAAUCAUAGAUACUAUAAAAAAGUUACAGCUGAAAAAACCAGACCCAAAUGCGCAGUGUUCUUGACUUCAGCAAUAGAAGAGUCGAAGUCUUUGGAUAAAAGUAAUUUAGUGUCAUCGUACCAGACCAGCCUUAAACAAUGGCAACUACAACUUCAAAAGUCUAGACAAAUUAUGUCUCUUCCAACUCUUAACAACUGGCAAUGCGACUCAAGCUACUGGGAGUUUCUAACUUUCGCACUCAUGACCCAUGAACUAUACUCGCGAGCAUAUGAAUAUCUGUCAGAAGUUCUGGACUACUCCAACGUCUAA